AUGCCCGAGGGGAAACGCAUAAUCAUCGAAAAGUCUAGUACCGUUCGACGCAGGUACCAGCGAAGCGACAAACGAUUCAAGUUUACUGCCAAGCAACUAAAGCAGAUCGAGCGUGAAGAGGAGCUUGACAAACGAGCCAAGGAUAUUCGCGAGAAAGAAAAACGGCGUAUUGUCAACAAGAAAAAGAGGGACGAGCAAGAAGCGAAAGCUCGUGAAGAGCUCCAGGAAGCCAGACGGCAGGGGUUGCCCGAUCCACAUGCAAAGAUCCCGUCCAGCCAGCCACUACUAUCAAAGUUUCUAGGCUUUGCGAGUCGACCAGCUAGAGUUGAAGAAUCCCCCGUCGAAAAGGUGCCCGGUGAAAAUACCUCCGCCGAAGAGUCUCCCACCGAAGAAUUUCCCGUCGACGAAUCGAUCUAUGAAAACGUUCCCACAAAGACCAGCCCGGAGCCUACAACUACAGAGCCGAUUGCCCCCGAUAGCAACGGAGAUACAGAGGUCGAUAGUGCAGCUGGGGAUACAGAACUAGACUCAGAGGGCUUUGAUGAUUUAGAUGAAGAGUUAGAAUAUGAAAUAUCAGCCCUUGAGGGUGUAGGCGCCACGGAAGAAUGGAAAUCUCCGCCGCCUCCAGAGCUCUCCAACAGCAAAGACACACUUAAUACUUUCGAUGACGAUGAUGAAUUCUCGGACUGUUCAGCAUUUAACGACGACGAAAUCAUAAAGGAAGUCGAAGCAGCCGCAGCAGCGACAAAAGGCAAUCGUCAUAAAGUUGCAUCAGCCCCCAUAAACUCUGCGCCCAUCAACCAUACACUUGUGCAACCACCAACAAGUCACCAACCAAAGCCUUGUUCUUCGCCCACACUUAAUAAAUCUUUCCGUGAUGAAACGGCGGAUUUCCUGGAGGAGGCUUUCAGGACAGAGGCUUUCUCAACAAUUCGCCAACCAAAGCCUCGUUUUUUGCCCACACUAAAUGAAUCUUUCCGUGAUGAAACAGCGGAUUUUCUGGAAGGGACUUUCUCGAGAAGUCAACAGCCAAACCCUUGUUCUUUGCCCGCACUAAAUGAAUCUUUUCGUGACGAAACGGCGGACUUCCUGGAGGAGGCUUUCUCGCGCGGCUGCUCCGACUCUUUUGGCGAACUUAUCCAAUUGGGCCAAACGACGCGAUAG